AAAGAAAAUAGGACAAAAAUUAUAAAUUUAGUUAUGCCUCCUCAGGGGGUCACCAAUUCCUAAAAUCCCCCGCUCGUAAUUAAUUUUUUAGAGGGGUUUGGUUUACCAUAUUUCCUUCCCCUAGGACUUGGCAAGAUAUUUCGAGGCGAUUGUGUUAUUUGGAACACUCGAAAAUUUCAUACGUGACAAUAAUGGAACACUCCAGCUAUUUUGCGUAUGGCAAUUUGCAAUUACAUAAAUUCAAAUCUCUCUGCCUAUUUAUAAUGGUGGCAGCUGGUGGCAGCAGUUUUUGUAGAUUAGAUAUGGGGGAUUAAUAAUACAUUAACGUUCAUCAGAAAAGCACAGGAAUAGACAGGAUUUUCAACUUGAAGUUUUCCCCAUUUAGCCCAAUGUUAUCAGCCAAGUUUGAGUAUACGCCACGCCUUCACCGGUGGAACAAUCCAAAUGAAACUUUCCGAAGUUGAACAUCUAUGUCAAAGGUACUGAAGGGGGUACUUCGUUUUCGAAUCGGUGAGAAUAGGUUUUGGCCAAUAAAUUCAGUAUUCCGGACCAACGUGUAAUGGCAUGAUCAAUGUACUUAAUUAAACUAUAUUAGGCUUUUACAGUAUUUAACACGAUAAAAUGGGGUGUUACUCUUUCAUUCUACUGGCAACUGGAAUCUUGUGUUAAUUAUCGAGUUAAUUGAUUGGAUUUUGUACUCUAUUCAUGCUUCCAAAAUUAUCUUUAGUUGUUUAAUAAUAAAUUUUCCAAACUGCGGGUAGGGUUGACCCCGGCCUAAUGCAGCGCGUCGCACGGCGUCAAGUUACCGAGGCAAUUGUCGAAUUCCCCUCAAUUGUCGAAGAGGUCGUGGCCAACCCAAGGAUAAAAUCCCUCUCCGGUGAUGAUAAGGCCGCCGCAAUUGUGAACUCUUUGAAGCAGCUUACAGCCCAGAGUCAAAAACUUAUCAUGGAGCGUGCAAAAACAUUACAAUUGUCGACAAAGUCUUUCUGGGGAUCAAACAUCGUUCUGGUCCAAGGACUCACGGAAACAAUGCUCGCUGUACUUGGAGAAGUGGAGGGCGACUUUAUCAUUCGGGAACAAAAUGUGGCCCAUAUUCACGAGGACAGAAUAACUGAAGGAGAUGAGGAGUUGGUGAAACUUAAUCAGGAAACACAGCCACAGUGGGGCGUUGCUAAAAUUGGGGCCCCUGCGGUAUGGAACACUACUCAAGGAGAAGGGAUCAUCAUUGCCUACAUCGACACAGGAGUUUAUCUCGGUCAUGACGCCAUACCUGGAGACACUUUCGCCGGAGCCUGGUUCGACCCCUACUAUUCCUACAUGGUCCCCGAUGAUUCUCGAGGUCACGGAUCGCACUGCGCCGGAAUCGCGAUCGGACGAGCGAACGGUAUUUCUGUAUCACCCGCCGCUAAGUGGAUUGCAUGUCGAGGUUUUAGUAAUUUAGGGUCAGCAACGGAAAGUAACCUUAUUUCAUGCGGGCAGUUCAUCCUCUCGGCCACUCCUCGUGCCCACAUCGUCUCAAAUUCUUGGGGCGGAACUGCCGGAGUGACCUGGUACGAUUCUAUCAUAACGGCUUGGCGAGCGGCGGGAAUGAUCCCGAUUUUCUCGGUUGGAGACUCUGGGUCGACUUGUCGCACGGUGACAUAUCCCGGCGAUAGCGAGAAUGUUAUCACAAUUGGGGCUUCCGCCGCUACCGACGCGAUUGCCGCCUUUUCAUCUCGUGGUCCGACCUUGACGGGAAACGUUAAGCCAGAUUUUGUCGCGCCUGGACAUAGCAUUAUUUCGUGUGGGCCAGGGCCAAGGGACCCGAGCCGAUAUGUAAAUAAGGAGGGAAGUACUGCUGCCGCCGCGCAUUUCACGGGUGCAGUAGCUCUCUACCUUAGUCAGAAUAGGGACGCGACAUAUGAGGAAAUUUAUGAAGCCUUUAAGGCUACUACCGUUAAAUCACCUUUAAAUAAUGCGGACAGAAAUUGUGGCCUACCACCUGGAGAAGUUGAAGACUAUCCUAACUACGCAUUUGGCUGGGGGAGGAUAGAUGUUGCAGCCGCCAUGGGCGUUUAAGGAGCUUUGUGUCAGUUUAAUUAGUAAAUUGUGCGAAGAAAUUAAUAAACCGUCGCAAACGCGCAUACGGAAGUAGCUUCAGACUACUUCACCCCAA